AUGAGCAUUGAAGUCAACGCAGUUCAACCAACUACUACCUCUACCCCAGUUGUAGAGGCUGCUGCUGCACCAAAGAAGAAGAUUUGUUGUGCUUGUCCAGAGACUAAAAAGAUCAGAGACGAGUGCAUUCUACAGAAUGGUGAAGACAAGUGUUUCCAAUUCAUCGAGGCUCACAAGGUUUGUCUCAGAGCUGAAGGUUUCGAUAUCUAA